AUGCGCGUUCAAACCACUGCCGCGGCGUUCUCGCUGCUUUUGAGCGCCGGGUAUCUCUCACUUGUCGACGGCUGUCCUACAACGGAGACUGUCACCCUCUCAACUGUCACAACUACGACUACACUCCCUACUAAAACAGUCACUGGAGCUCCUGUACCGACAAACACUGGAGGUAACAAUCCUGGAGGUAACAAUCCUGGAGGCAACAAUCCUGGAGGCAACAAUCCUGGAGGCAACAAUCCUGGAGGCAACAAUCCUGGAGGCAACAAUCCUGGAGGCAACAAUCCUGGAGGCAACAAUCCUGGAGGCAACAAUCCUGGAGGUAACAACCCCGGAGGCAACAACCCCGGAGGCAACAAUCCUGGAGGCAACAAUCCUGGAGGCAACAACCCCGGAGGCAACAACCCCGGAGGCAGCAAUCCCGGCGGCAACAGCCCCGGAGGCAAUAAUCCUGGGGGUAACAAUCCUGGGGGUAGCAACCCUGGCGGUAAUAACCCUGGAGGCAACACUGGAAUCACACCUGGCGGUGGCAGCGUUGGUGGUAACACCGGUGGUAACACUGGAGGUAACACUGGCGGCAGCAAUGGCAAUGGUUCUGGCUCAGGCAAUGGCAAUGGCUCUGGCUCAGGCUCAGGCUCAGGCUCUGGCUCAGGCUCUGGCUCUGGCAAUGGCUCUGGCAAUGGCUCCGGCUCAGGCAAUGGCAAUGGCUCAGGCAAUGGCAAUGGCUCAGGCAAUGGCAAUGGCAAUGGCUCUAGCAACGGAUCUGGUUCCGGCUCUGGCAAUGGCUCCGGCUCUGGCAAUGGCUCCGGCUCUGGCAAUGGCUCCGGCUCUGGCAAUGGCUCCGGCUCAGGCUCAGGCAAUGGCUCUGGCUCCGGCUCAGGCAAUGGCUCUGGCUCCGGCUCAGGCAAUGGCUCAGGCAAUGGCUCAGGCAAUGGCUCAGGCAAUGGCUCUGGCAAUGGCUCUGGCUCUGGCAAUGGAUCUGGUUCCGGCUCUGGCAAUGGCUCGGGAGGCGGUUCGAACAAUGGCAAUGGUAGCGGGUCUGGCUCUGGUUUAUCUCAGUCAGGGUCUGGAUCGACGUCGCCCACUGCUUCCGGUUCGGGUGGAGUUCCUGUCACCGGCAGCGCGCCGCGGUACCAGCCAACGAGCAUCUACUGUGUGCCAUUGGUGAUCAACCUCCACCUGGAAACCUACCUCAUCUCCUCGUACCGGCGACACGGAGUCGGCGGGCACGUGCCGCAAAUGACAUGGCGGGUUCCAGUGCUGUAUAGGCUAUACCUAGCUUACUCUCGCGACAGGGAUCCUAGUCACUCUACGCGCCUUUCAAGACCACACCAAAACGCGUAA